AUGGGUUCGAGACAGCCCCCGGGCCCACCUCCCCAGGCGAGCCGGGACACGCCCCUCCGCCGGCAAGUGCAGCUCGCCGUCAGGAGCCGGAUCGACGAGAGGAACCGCGGCGGAGCCGGGAUGCGCGGCGACAUCCUCCUACUUGUGCUGCUGCUCCAGCACGGGGCACCCGGAGAGGCUGAAACGGCCUGCAAGUGCAGCAGAAAGUGGCCGUGUCACUGCGAUGGCAUCAAAGGACAGAAGGGGGAGCCCGGCUACAGGGGCUACGACGGUCUGCCCGGACUCAUCGGUUACCCUGGCGACGAGGGGAGCCAAGGACUGGAGGGCUUCCAGGGUCAGCGGGGUUCGGCGGGACGUGUUGGAGUCAAAGGUUCUCGGGGCCUCCCUGGCCCGUCUGGUUUUCCGGGCCCUCCGGGCCUUCCGGGACUUCCGGGCGGAGCCGGACCGCCGGGGCCGCCGGGACUUCCGGGAUGCAACGGGACACAGGGUCAAGACGGCUUCCCCGGCUACCCCGGAAUUCCCGGAGCGCUCGGCUUACGAGGUCGCCCGGGACCCCGAGGAGAAAAGGGAGACUCGCUCGUCUUUCCCACUUCCGCGGGCAUCCGAGGUGCUCGGGGAUCACCGGGACCGGAUGGUGAGCAGGGCGCCAGCGGCGAGCCGGGUCAUCCGGGUGCGCCGGGCCCAUCGGGACCGGCCGGAAUUCCGGUGCGCACAACAUUUUUCACCGGAACGUCGCCGGCGCUCGAUCGACUGACGGAAAAUCAUUUCUCCUUAUUCCUGCGCAGGGACGUCCGGGGUCAAGAGGGACCCAGUCCAGUCAGUCCCGGUCCACAAGGCCCCAAGGGAGAACGAGGACCCGCCGGAAAUCCGGGACAAAGAGGAAUCAAAUUGUACGCUGAGGGUCCCAAAGAACUCAAGGGCGAACCGGGUGAUGUAGGAGCCAAAGGUUGUGCUGGACUUUCUGGUCUGGCGGGAAGGCCGGGAGUCAAAGGAGAGGCUGGACAGCGAGGGGAGCCGGGCGCACCGGGAAAAGCAGGAAAGGACGGCCUCCCUGGGGAACUGGGUCUGCCGGGGGAACCGGGGCCUCGUGGCUACGUGGGACCUCCGGGCAUUGAUGGAGGACGGGGCGAGAAAGGCGACAUUGGUCUUCGUGGUCUUCCGGGCGAGAUAUUUUUCAAGCACACAUUGGUCCCGGGUCAGAUGGGAGCUCCCGGGCGACCCGGAUCUCCAGGAGCCCCCGGAGAGCCGGGACUCGUGGGCUUUCCAGGACUGCGGGGGGAGCCAGGGGAAGGGCCUAAUGGUCCACCGGGCCCUCGAGGGCCGCCGGGCUUCGCGGGACCUAAAGGAGAGCGAGGAGAGCCUGGGCCGGUCGUCAUCGGGCCUCCGGGACCUGACGGUGUCCCGGGCGGUGCCGGACCCGAGGGAGAACCGGGAGAACCCGGAAUACCAGGUCGUACUUCCGGCAAGGCGGUGUCGGGGCACCAGGUGAGAGAGGUCGGAAAGGCCUCAUCGGACCGCCCGGGACCAGGGGACAGGAAGGGUCUGAAGGUGAUAAGGGGGACGUGUGUGUCGUCUGUCCUGUUGUUGCGGGGCCCCCCGGACCGCCAGGUGAACCAGGGGAACCAGGCUCAGAUGGGCUCAAAGGUGAAUCUGGCGCUCCAGGGUCCAAAGGUGAAAGAGGACCAGAAGGUUUUGCUGGAUCACCUGGUCCACAGAGCCAGAAUCACAGUGGCAGGCAUGAAUGCAGUCAGCAAAAGGUUUGCAUGUCUGUUGGCUCUGCAGGGCCUCUUUGGCGUCCCGGGACUGCCGGGACGUCCCGGUCUAACGGGGGACCCGGGCAUCAUGAGGAGGAUUGGGCAGAAGGGGGAAGUCGGGGACACAGGAAACUUUGGGGCUCCGGGUCGUGAAGGUGAAGAAGGACUUCCUGGAAUCCCAGGACCCAAAGGCAGUCCUGGACUAAAGGGAAACCCUGGACCUCAAGGAUCAAAAGGUGAAAGGGGUCCUAUUGGAAUUACUGGUUUCAGAGGACCAUCUGGACAAAUGGGACCACCGGGGCCACCUGGAAUCGGGCCUCCUGGACGACCGGGUCCACCGGGGAAUGUGGGAGUUUUGGGCCAGCCUGGGCAGCCCGGUGAACCGGGAGAAAAAGGUUCUCCUGGUGAAAUCAGAACCAGUCUGGGAGAUCCCGGCCAGAAAGGAGCAAAAGGUUCUUAUGGGAAUCCUGGAUCGGAAGGAGUGAUGGGUCCUCCUGGAAAUCUAGGGUUGGCGGGGCGGAGGGGAGAAAGGGGACAAAAAGGAUUCACUGUACAGGGCCCUCCAGGCUUUCCAGGAGUCAAAGGAUUCAAAGGCCUAGCAGGAGCCCCAGGUGUGCCAAGUUAUGGAAGUAAGGGGCGUUCCGGACCGUCGGGACCUCCGGGAAGACCCGGGCCCAAGGGCAACGCUGGCUUUGGUUUUCCGGGCCAGCAGGGCCAAUUGGGGCCGCAAGGAGAGGAAGGCUCAGUGGGAUUGCCAGGGUCGCAAGGGUCACAAGGAGCUGUUGGACUUCCAGGAUCCAAAGGACAAGAUGGAGCACCAGGUCCCAAAGGUUCCCGGGGUCUGGAUGGGCUUCCCGGACCACCUGGUCCCUUUGGACCUUGCUUUUUAGGCGCGCCUGGACCCGUGGGCCAGCCGGGGCCCAUGGGUGUCAUUGGCUUCACAGGUGGACGGGGUCUGAAGGGAGAGAAAGGUGAUCCUGGUCAACCCGGAAUGGGAGCUCUUGGGCCACAAGGACUGUCGGGGGUCCCUGGUUUUGAUGGAACUCCAGGUCCACCGGGAAGCAUUGGUUUGAAGGGACAGGCUGGGACCCCUGGACAGCCAGGAAAUCCAGGUAUCAGUGGGUACUCUGGUCUACCAGGGCCCCGAGGGAUUCCAGGGAGCCUAGGGACACCAGGAGAGCCCGGAAGCCCCGGGCCAAAUGGCCAAGAAGGUGUCAAUGGUGCCACGGGUUCACAGGGGCCACCUGGACCUCAGGGAGACCGAGGAGAAACGGGACCUAAAGGAAUGCAGACCACUGUGCAGAUGAUUGGAGAUCCCGGAGGUCCAGGAGAGCCUGGACUUGUAGGUCCAACUGGCGCUAAGGGCAAUCAAGGUGCCACGGGGCCUCCGGGUCUUGACGGCACCGACGGCAGACCAGGAAUAGCCGGACACCAAGGACCUCCUGGAGAACCAGGUAGAGAUGGAGAAAUGGGUCCUCCCGGUUCCUGCGGUCCCCCUGGCAACUUGGGUGACAUGGGACUACCCGGUCGCAAAGGCGAAAAAGGCUCCGCGGGGCCCUGUGGAGAAUCUGGUUUUAAUGGAAAUGAUGGGGCGGAAGGACUGAAAGGCGCAAAAGGGGAACCUAGUCUACCUGGACCUGGACCUAAAGGAUAUCCUGGAGAAAAGCAGAAGAUCGCCACGCUAUCGCUUCUGGCACAAAGUCUCCAGUCGGUCUUAUCAAUCACUUCUUCCAGGGACAGCCAGCUUGCGCAGGUCCCGCUGGUACCAAAGGAAUGCCAGGAGACAGAGGAGACUUUGGUCCUCCGGGCGCUCGUGGUCUCGGUGGCCCUAAAGGAAAUGCCGGACUGCCUGGUUGCAGAGGUCUUCCUGGUUCUCCUGGUGAAAAAGCUUGUGAUGGACCUCCUGGGGUCAGUGGACCUCCAGGACCGAGCGGUCUUACAGGUAACAAGGGGACCCCUGGAGAUCCGGGUCCAUCUGGCCCCAGAGGAAACCAGGGACAAGAUGGCAUACCGGGACCUCCUGGAGAGAAAGGAGCCAUGGGAGAACCUGGAACUGGCGCGAGGGGACCUGACGGGAAAAAGGGUUCACCGGGUGAGCUGCGUCGGAGAAAGAGGACCUCCUGGUACUUGCGGUCAUCCGGGGCCUCCUGGCCCUCAAGGAAAUCCGGGUUGUCCUGGUCCACCUGGGUCACCUGGACCCGCUGACGGCUUCCUGUUCGCCCGACACAGUCAGAGCGUCCUGGUACCGGAAUGCCCUGCGGGAUCCGUCAAGGUCUACAGCGGCUUUUCCCUGCUCUUCAUCAACGGCAACAACCGAGCUCACGGGCAGGACUUGGGAGCUCUGGGUAGCUGUCUUCCUCGGUUUACCACCAUGCCCUUCCUCUUCUGUAACACGCACAGCACCUGCCGCUACGCCGCACGCAACGACUACUCCUAUUGGCUGUCCACCGACCAGUCGGGCCACGGCAACGUUCCCUUCAUUUCGGGCCCAAACCUGAAGAAUUACAUCAGCCGGUGCACGGUGUGCGAGUCCCCCGCCAACGUGAUGACGGUUCAUAGUCAGACCCGUUUAGUUCCGGAGUGCCCCUCCGGCUGGGAUCCCCUGUGGGCCGGAUUCUCCUUCGUCAUGGAAACUGGAGUGGGCGCGGAGGGUUCGGGUCAGCCCCUCUCGUCGCCCGGAUCCUGUCUGGAGAACUUCCGCAAGAUUCCCUUCAUCGAGUGUCACGGCAGAGGAACGUGCAACUUUUACACCGACUCGUAUUCGUACUGGCUGGCUGCCCUGGACCCGCUUCAGAUGUUCAGCAAACCUCGGCCUCGGACAGAAAGCGGCGACUUUCCGGACGAUUUGAUCAGCCGUUGUAGAGUCUGCGCCAAACGACUGUGA